AUGGCCGGCGACGAGGCGAAGCCUGCCGACUUGGCCGACGGGGACGCGGCAGCCACCGACCCGCAGCCGGCGCGCCUGCCGGGCGACGUGCUCGCCAACGUCCUCCGCCGCGUCCCUCCGCGCUGGCUCGCCGCGUCCCGCUGCGUCUGCAGGGCCUGGCGCGACGCCGUCGACGGCCGCCGCCUCCUGCGCGCCGACCUGCUCCCGCUCGCCCUCGCCGGCCUCUUCAUCCACUUCGACGACCACAAGUUCCCGGAAUUCCUCGCCCGCCCCUCGCCCCGUGCGGUCAGCGGCAGCCUGAGCUUCCUGCCGUCCACCAGCCCCCACUGCGGCCAUAUCUGGGAUGACGACUGCGAUGAUUGGCGCGACUACAGCAUCCGGGAUCACUGCAACGGCCUCCUCUUGCUUAGCAAUAACCGCGUGGUUAACCCUGCUACGCGAUGGUGGAAUACUCUGCCGACGUGCCCGUCGGAGCACGGUGCCGGGAGCGUGCUGUACCGCGAGCAUCUAAUCUAUGAUCCGGUGGUAUCGCCCUACUACGAGGUGUUUAUGAUCCCCACUUUGGGUAAGAAUCUUCCUGGAGACAAGGUAGACCCCUCUGAAUGGGCACCGUCCCUAUGCAAGAUGUAUGUGUUCUCAUCAAAGUCGGGAUGUUGGGAGGAGAAGAAUUUCGUCAGAGAAGGGGAUGCUGCAGGGAUCUAUGGUGAGAUGCAAGUGAGUAGUCACCGGCGCUUCAAUGCCGCCUACUUUCGAGGAACACUUUAUGUGCAUUUCAGAGCUAAUUUUGUUAUGAGGAUAUCAGUGUCCAAUAAUACGUACAGCGUAGUUAAACCACCAGUGGAUAUAGAAGAUGAUACCAGAGACGACUACUAUCCAUAUGUUCAGAUUGUAAGAUCAAAAAGGGGGUUGUACUUUGUGGAGCUUGACAAGGGUUGGCAUCGGAUGAAGUGCUGGCUUCGAGUUUGGACCCUUAAUGAAUCGUGUGGCCAGAUGGAGUGGAUUCUGAAGCAUGACAAAGACCUGAUGCUCGUGCUAGCACCUCAACGGUUUUAUCAACGAGUUCAAUGGGUCUUAGAAGAUAUUAACUACAACCUGUUCCUUUCAUCCAGUUCUCCAGAAGACCACAAGAAAUCAACAAUUGAGAAUAAAUUUGAAUGGAACUCUGACAAUGAUGAAAUCGAAGACAUGGUUGAUAAUUGUAACUUAGAAGACAAGAUGAAAGCAAUAGUUGAAAAUAAAUUGGUAUGGAGCUGCAGCAAUCACGGUGCCCUUAACAAUGGAGAUAUGGUUGGAGAGUGUUACUUCGAUGAAGAGCAUAGUGAUAAUUUAGAUUCUGAUGAUAUUGAGGUACUUGGGUUUCACCCAUAUAAAGAGAUUGUCUUGUUGAGUGCAUCAGUCCGGACAGGAUUGGCAUAUCAUUUGAAUGGCUCGAAGAUUGAAAAUUUAAGAAAUAUAUACCCAAAGGAUUAUAUACAUUUCAAAGCGCUAAUUAAUGAAAGGGAGAGGAUCAAAUCUUUUGCAUACACGCCAUGCUGGAUUGAAGAGUUCCCUGGAAACAAAUAGUCUAGAAAUUCAUCUCACAUGGGAUUCUAUAUUAUUUACCAUCUACUUGAGCAAUAUAAGAAAUGGCUUGCACACGAUGUUUGAGUUAUCUGUAUUGUGUGUGUACUUUACGAGGAUUGGUUAAUUUUUACCCAAAAAUAGUUGCAAUUAUAUCUGUUUAUUUUUCUCUUGCGAAUGUUGUUAAAUUUUAAGUGUUGCUACUUGCUAUUGAAUGGUUUACCAGCUAGUUUCUUCUUUGAAUCAUGCACUCUUGGAAAUAUGCAUUUCUCUACUUGUAUCAACCUUCCAGUUAGCUUCAGAUAUCUAUCUACAAGGCAACAAGUAAGUUCGCUCAAAUUUAGCUGUUGAUGGUUUUUGGGAUG